GUGGAGGGGAGAGGCAAACACUGUACGGCUGCACGAGAGAGGAGAGGGAGAGCAGAGAACACACAGGAGAGUAGAAGAAGAGAAGCCAAUUGGAAGGAGCUCUAAAGCCGGGGAGAAGAAGAAGAAGAAGAAGAAGUGGAUAUACUUGUCUCUUUCUGUCCUUGCUCUCUCUCUGAAAAGCCACUUUGGCAUCAAGUGGCAGCCGAGCUCAACUUCACCUGGUCUCAGCCUCUUUAAGCCUUUUUACUCAUUGUACUCUGAGCAAUUUUGUCCACUUUUGGAGGUGUGUGUGCUGCAGCUGCUGGUGCUCAAUCACCCCCUGGAGGAAGCAUAGUACAGCAGAGGUUUCUGCAGGCAGGUUUCUGAUCUGCAGUGUGCCGCAGGAUGCCAGGAAGCAGGGAUGCAGCCGGGUCAGGAGGCUGCGGGGCGAUGAUGGUGUGGGGCGUCCUGGUGCUGGUGGCAGGAUGGGGGUCCGUGGAGGCCUGCCCGACCCCCUGCAGCUGCCUGGGGAACACGGUGGACUGCCACGGCCUGGGGAUCUACUCCAUACCCAGAAACAUCCCCAGAGGCACCGAGAGGCUGGAUCUGAACGGGAACAACCUGACAGCGAUCACCAAGGCAGACUUCUCUGGUCUCAAACACCUCAGAGUCCUUCAUCUGAUGGAGAACCAGAUCAGCAACGUGGAGAGAGGAGCUUUUGAUGAGCUGAAGGAGCUGGAGAGACUUCGCCUCAAUAAGAACCGUCUCAGCCAAUUUCCAGAGCUGCUGUUUCAGAAGAACGAACUCCUCUCUCGACU